GAUUGCUAAAGGAUGAUGGGAAAAUCUGCCUCGGUUUCGACAAGACAGAGAGCGGGAAACUGGUCAUUGUAUCUUUGUGGGGAUUCUUUCUUCCAUCCAGACAAAUCCGCUUGUUUCUGCGCUCUUUUAGACCAUCUAAACCUACAAGGAUGGCAGAUGAAAAGCAUGAUGAGGUGACCCCCUCCAGCCCAGACAUCCACUUUGAGCCCAUCGUGAAGCUACAAGCUGUGGAGAUUAAGACAUUGGAAGAGGAGGAGGAAGUGCUCUUCACAAUGAGAGCAAAACUGUUCAGAUACGCGUCGGAAGCAGAUCCCGCAGAAUGGAAGGAGAGAGGGGUCGGAGACGUCAAGAUUCUACAGCACAAAACAGACAAGGGAAAGAUCAGAGUCCUCAUGAGGAGAGACAAAACUCUCAAGAUCUGUGCCAACCACUACAUCACACCCUACAUGGAGCUCAAGCCCAACUGCGGGAGUGACCGUGCAUGGGUAUGGAGCGUGACGGCAGACUUCGCAGACGAGGAACCUAAGGCAGAGUUGUUAGCCAUCAGAUUCGCUAAUGCAGAAAAUGCAUCCAAGUUUAAGAACAAAUUUGAUGAAGCUAAAGAACUGGUGAGAGAGAGACUUGAAACAAAAGGAGAGGAAAAGGCAGACAGUGGUACAGAGUCAGGAAAAGAUGAGGAGGAAUCUGACGAGGUUGCUGAGAAGCUCGGAGAACUCACCGUCUCUGACGACAAGAAAUCUGGAGAGGAGAAAGCGGAGACAGAAGGAACAGAGAAAGAAGAAAAGAAAACAGAAGAAACAAAGAAAGAAGAGGCCGGGGACGAAAAGAAGGAAUGAAUAUCCACAGCACUGAACUAAUUUAAGGCAUUUUAGAUACCCAAUUUAAGACUCACUUCCACAUUUAAUCGGUCUCAGAUUGAAUGAAGGGCUCAGAACUAACUCGGAAGCAUUUGUGUGACAAAUUUUUACAAGAUGAAAAUGUAUGCAGUGCAAAUUUUUUUUAUGUUGGACUGAUGGUAACAAGAACGUACAUCGGAAUAAAGCACUUUUUUGCUGAAGAGUAGAGGUGUACUCUAAAGAAAAGUAAAAUAAAAGGUUAAACCAGAUAUUAGAUAGAUAAGUGGGGGUUAUUAUGUGUAGAAAACAAUAUUCUACACCUUUUUGCAGCGUGUGACUCCUCAUUGUACUGAUAGUGGAAAUGUAAAUCGUAUACACUGCAUACUAGAGAGCUUCAGAUCGCACAAGUUUGGGGAAUUUUGGAAGCAUCAGACAUACAAGGCUUGAAACAUUUUUAAACGAAAGAUUCCUUCAAUAAUUGAAAUUGUAAUAAUUUCACCAGUGGUAAGCCUGAAGCUUAGUUAAAGUGCUGUAAGUAUUUGACCGUCUAAGUGGCCGUUGCAUUCAUUUCAACAUUACAUUUGGUUGCGUGCUAGAAAGACCUUUGUAGAAAACUUCCGUCUGUUGCUGCAUUUCGUAAUUCUUUUGAGACACUUGAGCAUUGUUUUACUGUGAAAUGCCUUUGAGGAACCUUAUUCCCACUUUCAUGUAUUCUUGCACAUUGUAUGUAACAUAUUUGGUAUAAUGAGAAAAUCACUUGUGAAAACUGCUGAGGUGUGUUUAAAAGAUUUCUCACCUUUUAGAUAUGGUUUGUGAUGAGCCAUAAUACAGAAUAGACGUGAAAAGCAUUUUCGGUACUUCCAGUGGAAAUAUUCUCCAAUAGCAAGGUGUAGCCAUUAUCAGAACAUGUUAUAUACAGCUGGCAUAUUUGCCUUGAGAUGUAGUUGUUAAAAGUUAGAUAUCUAUCAAGCUUACUGAUGUCUCUUGUAUCUGUGAGACUUGCGCUAGACUGAAUAUACAGAAAGCCCCCCCCCCCCCCCAAGAAGUACUUGUUGAAAAGGAAAAAAUGCAAAUCUACCUCCAAAUUGUCCAUUAUUUACCUCCAAAUUGUCUAUUAUUCAGUCUGAAGACAUACCAAUUUAAUUUCUUGGUUCUUGGACUUUUGCUACAAAAGAUCAGGCAAAAUUAAAAGCACCCAGUGAUCAACCAAAUCUCUACACUGGAGCCAGAAAGGCAACAGACUUGUCAAAUUCAUAGAUGAACCAAGAACUUGAAUCGGUGAUAAGAAAAGUGAUAAGAGAUAAGAAAAGUGGAGGAUGCAAAAUAUAGUUACUCUAAAGACCUAAUUUGUAUAUAGAAGAUAUGGUAACUAUAUAGCAUUUUGAUACUAUGCUGUAUUACUCUUAAGGUGUUAACAAAAGUCAUUACUUCUCCAGACUUGGUUGGGAAAUGGUAUUUGUACAUUACUUGCAUGGUAUUUGUAGUACAUGUACUAAAUUUUUGUCCGCCUUUCGUCGCUGUUAUGCAGAAGCAUUUGUAUGCAAAAAUACAGAAACAAUGUCCAACACAUUAAAGUUGCUGUGACUUCUA